CGGACGGGUGCGAGUUUUAAACCUGCGACGGUCGGCUGGGUGGCUAUCGGACUCGUGCGCACUAGCGGCCGGUUGUCUCUUGGGCUGGAACGGGAAGGAGAAGCCGGUCGGAGCAGAGGAACGGGGAGAGGUGUUUGAGAGGAGCUAGUGCUGUAGGAAUCGAGGCUAGGCCAUGGCUUUGCGAGUCACCCGGAAUGUAAAAGUGAAUACAGAGAACAAAACCAAACCAGCAAUGGCAGCUACCAAGCGGGGGGUUGGAGUCGCCAAACCAAGUUUAAGGCCUCGGACUGCCUUGGGUGACAUUGGCAAUAAGGCAUGUGACCUGAAGCCCAAGGACUUAGCGAAAAAGGAAAUAUUGAAACCUGCAGUUAUAGACAAAGUGACCACUCGGAAAGCCUCAAGACCUGUUGAAAAGACAACUGAGCCUGUGAAAGAAGAAAAACCAGUCCCAGAACCUGUUAAGUUAGAGUCUCCCUCCCCAAGCCCAAUGGAGACUUCUGGUAUUGCACCAGCAGAGGACGUAUUAUGCCAGGCAUUCUCAGAUGUUCUGCUUGAAGUGAAAGAUGUAGAUACGGAAGAUGGUUGUGAUCCUAACCUCUGCAGUGAAUAUGUGAAGGACAUCUACAAUUACCUGAAAGUUCUUGAGGGUCAGCAGUCAGUCCGACCAAACUACUUGGCAGGCCAGGAAAUCACUGGAAAUAUGCGGGCAAUUCUAAUUGACUGGCUUGUCCAAGUCCAGAUGAAGUUCAAACUAUUGCAAGAGACCAUGUACAUGACUGUUGCAAUUAUUGAUCGUUUUCUGCAGAACAACAAAGUCGCUAAGAGGAUGUUGCAGUUGGUUGGUGUAACAGCCAUGUUCAUUGCUAGCAAAUAUGAAGAAAUGUUUCCUCCAGAAAUUGGUGACUUCGCUUUUGUCACUGAUCACACCUACACCAACCUUCAGAUCAGACAAAUGGAAAUGAAGAUCCUAAGAUCACUCGAUUUCAACCUUGGCCGUCCUCUUCCACUGCACUUCCUAAGGAGGGCAUCAAAAAUUGCAGAGGCAGAUAUACAGCAACACACACUGGCAAAAUAUCUAAUGGAGCUCUCACUGGUGGAUUAUGAUAUGGUGCACUUCCCUCCUUCUCAGAUUGCUGCUGCAGCUUAUUGCCUAGCAACUAAAGUUCUUGAUGAGGGAGAGUGGACGCCAACCCUGCAACACUACAUGUACUACACGGAGAGUGCUCUUGUUCCUGUUAUGCAGCAUAUGGCCAAAAAUGUGGUAAUGGUUAACAGAGGCCUUACAAAGCACAUGACUGUGAAGAACAAAUACGCCAGCAGCAAGCAUGCUAAGAUCAGCAUUCUUCCAGCACUGAACUCUGCAAUCAUACAGGACCUGGCUAAACCCCUACUGAAAUAGAUCUAAUUUAACUGUUGGACAAAGUUGACACUAUGUGUCACUGGCCUGUGUGUAUAUAUAUGUAUUCAUUUAAAGUUUUUAAUAAACUUUCCUUUUUACUUUAA